AGCCAUAUCUUCUAUUUUUAAGCCCCUUCAUCUUCUCUGAUCUUCCAUCUCUCUAUACCAAACACAAUCAACACUUCAACAGCCACACUUUCUCUCUCUAAGACACCCCUCCCUCUCUCUCUCUCUCUGAUUAUCGUCUAUUACCAGUCUAGGAAGCCAACGCAGCGAAGUGAUGGCAGAGGAGACUCAGACUCCGGCAGCAGCACCAGCGACUUCUGAAGUAGUGCCACCGACGGAGGAGGUGGUGGUGGUGGAGAAAGAGCAGCCGCCUGUUCCGGAGCCGGAACCCGAGGCACCAGAAAAGCCGGCGCCGGAGAAGCCCGCUGUAGAAGAAGCUGUGGCAGAGGCCGAGAAGGAAAAAGCUGCUGAAGGAGAUCAGAAGAUCACGCAAUCGAUCUCUUUCAAGGAAGAGAGUAACGUUGCUGGCGAACUUCCUGAUCCUCAAAAGAAGGCUCUGGAAGAGCUGAAACAACUCAUUCAAGAUGCUUUGAAUAAGCACGAGUUCACUGCACCACCGCCGCCUCCUCCUACCAAGGAGGAAGAGAAGCCGGCUGAGCCAGGGAAGGCUGAGGAGAAGCCAACCGAGCAGGCGAAGACUGAGGAGAAGCCCGCUGAGCCGGAAAAGGCAGAGGAGAAGCCGGCAGAGCCUUCAGAGAAGAUUGAAAAGACGCCGACUGAGCCAGAGAAGGCCGAGGAGAAAAAGACAGAGGAGAAGGUUGAAGUGAAAGAAGAGGAGAAGGCUGAACCAGCCUCGGCGGUUGUUGCUGAGGUUGUGGUGAAGUCGACUGUUGUGGACGAGGAUGGAGCCAAGACGGUGGAGGCAAUUGAAGAGACAGUUGUCUCAGUUGCGGCUCCUUCAGUCGCCGCGGAGCCAGAGACUUCAGCCCCGGCUAAAGAAGUCGAGCCGGCAGCGGAGGAGCCGAAAGAACCUGAAAUUCCUCCAACCCCAGAGGAGGUUUUCAUAUGGGGAAUACCACUUCUUCAGGACGAGAGGAGCGAUGUGAUACUCUUGAAAUUCCUGAGAGCCAGGGAUUUCAAGGUGAAAGAUGCAUUCUCCAUGAUCAAGAACACAGUUCGCUGGAGAAAGGAGUUUGGAAUCGAGGCUCUUCUCGAGGAAGAUCUCGGAAAUGCAUUGGAUAAGGUUGUUUUCACGCAGGGGUUCGAUAAGGAAGGCCAUCCAGUCUGCUACAACGUUUAUGGUGCUUUUGAGGACAAGGAGCUGUACCAGAAUUCCUUCUCUGAUGAAGAGAAGCGCGUUAAGUUCCUCAGAUGGAGGAUUCAGUUCUUGGAGAAGAGUAUCAGGAAACUUGAUUUCAGUCCUAGUGGAAUCAAUACUAUUGUUCAAGUUAAUGAUCUCAAAGUCUUUCCUGGAUUUUUCAAAAGAGAUCUCAGGAACGCUACAAACCAGGCCUUGAGUUUGCUUCAAGAUAACUAUCCUGAGUUCGUAGCCAAACAGGUUUUCAUCAAUGUUCCAUGGUGGUACCUUGCCUUCAAUAGGAUGAUCAGCCCCUUCUUGACACAGAGGACCAAGAGCAAGUUUGUGUUUGCAGGACCAUCCAAAUCUGCUGAAACCCUUUUCAAGUACAUAGUUCCUGAACAAGUACCAGUUCAAUUUGGUGGACUUAGCAGGGAAGGUGAGCAGGAAUUCACCACAUCUGACCCUCUGACAGAGGUCACAAUCAAGCCAACAUCCAAACAUACUGUCGAAUUCGCACUUACAGAGGCAAGCCAUCUUGCUUGGGAACUCCGAGUGAUUGGUUGGGAUGUGAGUUACGGAGCUGAAUUUGUGCCGAGUGCAGAGGACGGCUAUACAGUGAUUGUAUCAAAGACCAGGAAGAUCACCCCUACAGAUGAACCAGUCAUCUCUGACAGCUUCAAGACUGGUGACCCUGGCAAGGUUGUGAUCACCAUUGAUAACCAAACCUCCAAGAAGAAGAAGCUCCUUUACAGGUCCAAGACCAAAACUUCAUCCGAGUGAGCACACAUAGUCCUGGGUUCUUAGCUUCCAAUCGCCAUUGAAAUGCAAAAUAAGAAGGGGGGUUCUUUUGAUUCUGAAAACAGGGUUUCUUUCUUUUACCUAUUAUUUUGUCCAAAUUUAUUUUUGAUUUCACAGUUUGGGGAUUUUAUUUAUUAGAUUGGGGCUUACUUUGUUUUUUGUGAUGAACACAAUUGUUACUGAACUACUGGUAAAAUAGUCUUGUGGGAAGAAGAAGCAUGGAUGGAAAUGUUGACAUUAAACCUUGUUACUCUUGCCUGUAAAAUCUGUGUAAAAUAGUUGGGUGUUUCUUUGUCUUGAUCAUUGUUAUAUAUAAAUGUAUCAUUUUUUGUUCA